UUCAAUGCUUCGAUUUUAUUUGAACACCAGAAUCGAUGAGCACGCCAAACAAUUUUGCAGCUUUCCUUGCCUCUUUUCAGUGCCCUUGCUGGGGGUGCCCAGAUGUGCAGGGGAUGCUCUGGGAUGCUCUGGGCUGGCUCCUGCUGUUACAUCAGAGUCUCACCCAACCAUUUUGUCCCCAUUCCGGAGCAGUCCCAGCCUCAGCUGCUGCCUGUCACCACUAGAGGUCUUGUUCUUCCCUCCACCAGCUGCUCCUCGCUUCGUGCUGCUGGGGCUUUAUUUAUUUAUUCCUACGUGAGCAGACCCAGCACACUUCUUGCAUACAAAGAGUGAAAUUACAACCUAAAGGACCUAUCCUACCUUCUUUUGGAGUAACCUUAGUGCUAGUGAGAGCCUUGCCUACUUUUUAAGGCUAAGAAGACUCAUUUUCUGCAGGUAAACCAAAAGCUUUCAGGAACUGAAUCCUAUUUUUCUGGUUAUUCAGCCUGGACCUCUGUCCUGUCUACAGAACUGAGGCACCCUUUGGAUAUGAUUUGCCUUGUUUUGGAUAUGAUCUGCCAGUGUGCAGCACUGCAAGAACAGCAGUAACAACUACACAUCAAUAGCUUUUCUCACAGAAUCCCACUGGAUGCUCUGUUCUGCCCUGGUCAUAAGUGGUGACAUUUUCCUUACCUGUUUGGGAAGAUUAGUUUCGAUUGGACAAUAAAAAGAUGGCUAAGGAAGAAAAACCAUCUCUAAAGAAAGCAAUUCAGUUUGGUAUUAAUGGAUAUAUUCCAUCAGUGCAACUAUGCAUCAGAAAUGAAAAUGCCCCCCAAAGUUAUUAUGCUUGUUUUGACUACAUGCAAAUAAAACACAUGUGAGUGAAUAAAGCUGGAUCCCUAAUGGAGAGCUGCUGUCAAAAGAGAAUCAGGAAAGCCAUAGACUCAACCUUACCUUUAAAUUAGUUAACUGAAACAGCCUGUUGCAUUUUUGUAAUACAGUGACCAUGUUAGCUGCAGGUAAAAAUUCCUGCACUCCUGAGCUACAAGAAAUCUUUCUUUAAAUUUUAUAUUUAAUUUACCUUAGUUUUUGGUCUAAUCUGCAAUUAAAUUUGGAAGAGAAUCCCUAAAGAGAACAUGCCAUUUGAAAAUAUACAUAAUAACAAGGAGAAGAAUGAUCAGCUCCAGGAGUAAGGUGUUAAUUUGUAUCUUAGGAACAAUAUUAAUAUACAGGUCAAAUGUCAAAUGAAAUGGGUCGCAGAGAAACACGUUAUUUACAAACUUUAAACUGUGACUCAAUGGCCCAGCAAAACAUGAAAAUGCGCCCAGUGCUGCUGAAAAGGAACAGUCUGGACUCGGCAGAUUUUAUGAGACACCCCCAGCACCGCAGGAGCAAAUCCCAGCAAGUUCGGUUCAAGGAUGACGGUGUCAGCACCAAGGCACAGCUGGAAGCUCGUCCUGCCCAAGACACAGCAUUCUCAACUGGAAAACCAGAAAUAUUUAGGGAUCACAAUUUUCUGCUAGCUCAGUCUCCAACUUUUCCAAGGGCUCAGAAGGGGCUUCGGAAUAUUGCCAUACAAACUUCUCCCAGCCUCAGGAAACACUUCCCGGUCUUUAAAAGGAAAAAGCUGACAGUAAGCAAAUCACUGACAGAAAUGCCAGCGGAGCCUGCAAACCCUAUCCAGGUAAAUGGCAAUCUUUGUGAAGCAGACAUUCUGUCCUCAGAGCUCUGCUACCUGAGGAUAAGUAAUCACUUGGAGGAUGGAUGCAGGAAUAGCGAGGUGGGCUUGGCUCAAAGGUCAUCAAAAGCACAAAGCAAUGGACCGAGGUACUCGGACGAUUUCUCAGCCUCAGACAAGACAACUGCGUCUACACAGGUGCCUGAAUACAUUCAUGUGAGUUUUCCACAGGACAGAAACGCUCCCCUGGAUGCACCAGACACAACCACAGUUUUGAGUCAUUCACUACACUCUCCUACCGUCAUCAACAGCAGCGAAAGUCAUGAAAACAGCACACUGUCAUCUGAUUCUGAAAGAGCAGAGCCCUGCCUAAGCAAUUCUGUGAGCUGCAGUGAAUGGAACCCCCAUUCUGCUGCUCGUGAAACGGAGAAAAGCGACCCUGAGCCGCCUGUAGCCAGUAGAGAUGCCAGCAGUAAGGAAAGCACUCCCCUGUCACCCCCAUCAAAUCACAGCUCAUCUCCUUGUUUCCUCAGAGACUGUCACCAGGCAGGAGAGCACAAGCCAGAUUCCAGCUGCGUGACGUUACCAAGUGAUGAUCACCCAACAGUGGCACUGGCCAGCAGUAACGCACCAAAACCACGGCUGCCAUGUAACACUGAAAUGGAGAAAAAUUCCACCCAGUCAGAUGUUUCCCAGUCCAACAGCUGUUUAGAAGGAUUUCACAUAAAGUCUUAUCCGCCAAGGAAUGAAAUAAACCCGCAAAGCAACAAAGAGAUUAACGAAAUAAAUCAAAUUCACUUGGCACAUGGCGAACUCUGUGCCCUACAAGGCAGGCUGCAGUCUGUAGAGGAAUCCUUGCAGUCAAACCAGGAGAAGAUUAAAGUCCUUUUGAAUGUAAUCCAAGACCUGGAAAAAUCCAGAGCCCUCAGUGAAGGGCGAAACUUCUACCACACUGGGCAGGACCUCAACAACUGCAGCACCUGUCAGAACACGGCGUGCAUCAUUUACAGUGUAGAAUAUGACUUCAGACAACAAGAAGGAAGAUUUCAUCAGAUUUUGAAAACACUGGACAAUGCAGAGCAAAAUCCAGCUCCAGCUUCACCUCAGAAGCCUCCACCUGAUCCUCCUGCUCCUGAGAAAAAGGAGUUAAGGAGAAAAACAAAAAAGGUGAAAAGAAAAUGCUUCUGGUGGAUUUGACUUCCUCAUGCAUCCUUUUACAUUUCAAAAGACACUAAAACAGAAAGAGCCUGAGAGCACACACCUGAAAAUGUGCUAUUAUGAAAUCAAAAAGGUUAAGAAUGUUUAAUUAGUGUACCUGAAAAAUCAAAAUAAUUGAAUUUAAUUAAAUCAGCUCACUGAAUAAAGGUGCAUGAAGAUACAAUUUUCAAGAAAAGGAAUUGUUUCUUUCAAAAGGAAGUUCUCAUUUUUUUCCAAGGACACUUUCAUAUGCUUUGUAAAGACCUUUUUUUCAACUUUCCAAAAAUAACAAGUUUUAAAUCUCUACUUUAAAAAACAAAGGUAGACAAAGCUGAGCAUGUCACAUGGCCUUCAUUUCCCAUUUAUAAGCAACAUGGACUAAAAGGGAAAAAACUUCAUCGAGCUUUGAACAAACCACAUCAUCAAGAACAAAUUCAGGGAAACCUAAAUUGUUCAAACAAAUCUCUCCUCAAAGGAGACAAUUAUAAUUAUUUCAUAUCCCCACUGAAAUAAUUUUGUUGCUGUCAUCUAAUAUUGAACAAACAAAAGAAUUUCAGCUUAAGUUUUAACUAUAUCCUUUUCUUUGUUCAUUAUAAAAAGCCACCAUUUAGAAGUUUCAGCCAUUUAAGGGACUUCUCUGGAAAGAAUUGGGGAGUUGUAAAACAAGAGAAGGUCACAGUAACUCUUGUCUUAAACCCCUGCUCAAGCAAGGUCAGUGAAUUUGAGUUGUGAGUAUCUCCAAAGACAAGAAUCCUCAGCUCCUUGGGAAAGGCUGUUCCAGGGUUUUUCCCUACCAUCUACUCUCAACCUCCAGCAUUCUGGUUUGUGUCCACUACACCUGGCUCUGUCCAACUACACCUGCAAGAAGAGCUCCAUGGAUGAUGAAUCCUCUCUCCUAAAUCUUCCAAAAGACUGAACAAACCCAAAUGUCAUUGUCUCAUCUCCCACACUGCAGCCACAGCCAUCCUGCUGCUGUCCCUGCACUCAGCUGAUGGAUUUCACACACCUGGAAGCCUAAAACUGGACACAGUCCCUCAGAGGCCAUCACACAAUUGCUGGAUAAAGAGGAAUAACUAUUUUGGCUACUGUCUAACUGAAUCAUUUGCCCAGUCCAUCCAUUUAAGACCUGUACUGCUGUACAAAAAUAUCCCAAUAUUUUUUUUCGCCUUAAGAUGUAAAUUAAUAUAUGAUGAAAAGUUGAACAUAAUAAUAAUAUUUAGUGAACUGAUCUGUAUUACACACACAAAAAAUAAUUAUAUACGCUGAAAAGGUUUUAUCAAAUAUCAAUGCAGCUACUUCUUUCCUCCAAAAAUACUCAAGUUACCAUUAGCACCAUUGGGUGUGCCAAUGGAAGCCAAUUUAUGAUUGGUGAUCCUAUUAUUUUAUUCAUGAAAACAUGGUCACCUUUCAUAUGGGGGGCAGGGGGGAAAAGGUUUUCCAAAGCAAGUUGAGUGGAAUGUACUACAGACCUUUUCUUAGAAGUGGCCCUGGUUCAGGGUAUUCUAUAGAUUAAACCCUGCAUCUUAUUUUUCUAAGUCAUCCUGUGUUAAUUGUGCAAUGUUAGUUUUAAAUGUCUGUACACUUUUUGUACACUUCUGUGUUCCUUGAAUUCUUAGGGUUAAUUGCACAUUUGAAAAUACAUUAAAAACAAUUUUGCACAGAAGAAUUUUGUCUGGAGAAACUAACUUCUUUAUAAAAAGAAUCUUUUAGAAGAAAGUAUGCAAUAUUCCAUGGCUUAAUUUAUCAAAAUUCUAAAGGACUGACACUUAAAACACAUUUCUAUGUUAAUUUCAGUUAGUACAGAAAUGACAGGAACAAAACUGUUGUUAUUUUAGAGGCUUUUUAGAAGGAAAUUAACUUUUUACUAACAUAUCUUUAGAUUCCUCCAGUGAGACAGAAAAGCUCUUCAAUAAUAGGUUGUGGUUAUAAAAAAGGUAAGAAUUAAAUGACUCCAUCAGAACACAUCACUAUGUUACACUCAAGUACAUGCACUGCUUGUGCUGCUGUGCCAACACCACUGAUUCCUUUUUGGCAUCAGUCUCUAUAAUUGAUGCAGUGAAGGAUUUAUUAGUGUAGAAGUUAUUCUUGUGUAUUAAAAUAACAUUUUAAGACCAAUAUCCUCUGUGGUAAAGUAUAAUAACAAGCAACACCAAGAGCUUUAACACUAGUAACAAAAGCAAGGGCUUUUUCUGUAUUGACUUUUUAUUAAGUUAUGAUACAAAAGUAACUUUUUUGCCUUUCUUUUUGUUGACAAGCACAAAAAGUGCUCAUUUUAAGCUAUCUGAUUUUGGGUUUACCCACAUUAUGCAUAUGACGCCUUCAAUUUAUUUUCAAAGAUAAUUUAAACAAACCACAGCACUUUGCUUCACCACAUAACACCAAUCAAUUCCUGUGUCAGGAGAACUAUGAAAACUCUUCAGUUUAAGAAAGUUCAACCAAAGGUAGUUAUAAGUAAGGCUCUAAGUCUUAUGACCUGAAGAAACAUCAAUACUCAUAAAAAUCUGAAAUACACUGAUUUAAGUGUUUACAGGUUUCAUAUUUUAAUGCCUGAGCUUGAUGGGAUUCAGAACCAUAGCCAAUUUUUAAUCCUUAAUCUCCCAGUCCCAAUUAGCUGUUGUUUUCCAGAUUCCUGACUCUGUGGAUUUUGAUUUUGCUCUCAGUCAGUAAAGUCUGGAUAUGAAAUUGUGUUUGUGCCUUUGCCCCUGGAGCAGCAGGGAAGGGCAGGAGGCUCUGGGCCAGCCAAGCCUCAGCCAAGCAGGAACAGCCACUUCUGUCCCUGCCUUCCCUCUGCCCAGAGUCUUCAAACUCACCCCCUUCAAGGACAGAAAAUAUGGAAUUCCAAUGCUGUGAAAGCAUUAUCCUUUCUACUGCAAGGAGUUUUUACCCCCAGUCAUUCCCAUGGUACUUGACACUCAAAAGGUUUUCUACAUCAAACUUGAGAGAACUUUGGAAAAAAAACAACUUUUGUCCCACUGAAAGGUGUUGGUGGGGAGUUGUCAGUCGUGGAUACAUCAAGAGCAGGAAAAGGGAAACGCUGUUUAGCUGCUGUUUUGUUUAGAUUUUAAAAUGUGCAUAUCUUAGCAAUAUAAAAUAAUUAAAAUUUAAAGCUUUGUGACACAUAAUUGGAGAAUCUUGGCUAUAUGAAAAUAUGAUAUGAAAGGGUUUAUGGGAAAUAUGAUAUUGGGGUUUUUAUUUUAGUAAUUAAUUAUUAAUUCCUAUAGGAAAGAAAAAAGUGCCAGAUACACACUACACAAUUUAUAAUGUGAAGAUUGGAACAACAGUAGAAAUUUGCAGACUGUUGGAAGAUAAAAGUAUUGGCUACAAAAAACUUCUCUGGUUUACAAAAUAACAGCAUAAUCACUAAAACUAGCUCCCAGAGCAGGAAAUAAAUGUUAGAAAUACAAACACAUUUUUAAAUAAAAUUGAAAAAUAACCAACAACUCCCCACAAGUUGUCAUAAAACCCUACCAAAAAAUCCAAAUCACAGCUACCUGCCAGCACUUGAUUAUGAAAAUACUGUGGGCUUCUGAGAAAUACAUAUUUAAAUGAUAUAUGCUAUAUAUAAAACAUUGCACAGAAUGCAGCAUAUUCCAAAAUUACUGUAUUUGAAACUGUUGUUUUAUGGAGUCAAACUGACUUUCUUUAAAAAUUAAAAAUGUAUGAAUAAAAUACUGAUUUGUCUCCUGUUACAGCAGUUCAUGUAGGGCUUCUGAUGGUUCUGUGCACUAUAAUAAUCCUGCCAGCAUAGACACACAACAUCUUCCUAAUGACACUCAAUAUCUAAUGUAUGUUUUGUAUAUUUCUAGGCCCUUUAAAUGUGAUGUUAUCUUUUGCAAUAAAACGAGAUAUUUUUAUUAGGUUUCAGGAAUGAAUUAAUAAUAAACAACAUUUAGAUUACAAAGGAAGGGAACAGCUGUUCUUUGGGAAAAGAAAAAAUAAAUGGAAAGCUAACAGGCAUGUCAUGGAAUCAUUCUUGCAGCAUUUCCAGGUACAGCAAGGAUGUCAAUUUGAAUAUCAAACAAAAGAGCUGCAGCUUUUAGCUAGACCAUGAGUGUAUUUGAACACAUCAAAUUCUCCAACCACUGCAGCUCUGUAAAUAGUUUCUGUGGUUGUUGUCUGCUCUAGAGUGGCUUUGCUUAGUAGAGCUCACAGAUUUCUUUUUGGCAAAGUUUUAUUUGUAGAAUAUUUGAUAUAAAUACUGCCUAAAAACAUUUCUGUGUAGCAUAGCUACACACUUAUUUCAUCAUGUUAAACUGAUAUUGUAAUCAAAAUCAAGUCCAGAAAUACUAAAGGAAACUUUUUAUGUGCAUAUAGUGGAUUUAUGAUAUUUCUAUUUACCUAUUCAAGCCAAGACUGAAAACAAGUAUUUUUGUGUUCUACAUGGUUUAUAAAUUUGACUUCUAUAGUUCCUGUAGCAGGACUUCAUUACAUGACAAUAACCUUUAACUAAAAGUUUAAAUCUCAUGAGGUAUUCAAGGUAAGGCUUGAGUAGCCAGUUUCAGACAAUAAACUUGACCCUCUUCAUGAAAGUGUAGAAGCCCUUCUACAACUACAAACAGCGAAGAUUUUGUGGGCUUUUAAGAGCAAAAACUACCAAGCAGCUGUUAAAGCCUUCAGCUGCUGAAACACCACAGUGAAGGCAAGAAUGGCAUUUAACUAAGUCUUCCCUGCAGUAGCAGCAGAGAGCCAAAUUACCUUUCCACCACCUCCUUCUCCUGGGGAGAUUAUUUCUUUCUGAGCCUGACUCUUCUCAGUAAUUACAUGAACACAGCUCCCAGCAGGCACUUACCAGCUAAGCCCAAGGCAGAACCCUCCCUUUCCCUUUUUCCCUUCAACUGGCAUCACAGCACAAAAGGAUCCAGGCAACUGUAAAGCCAGAUCUCUGCCAACAAGCUAGAAGAUUGUGAAAAGAACACCUGAAUAUGAAAAUUAACCUGCUUAACCCUGUCAGAAAGCAAAAAAUCCUCUCAGGUAAAUCAGAUCCAGUUAUCUGUCAGGUGCAAGGCAUUUCAACUUGCAAGCAAUUAUAGGUUUUGUAAAUUGUAACCAUUGUUCUUAUCAGCAUAAAUCAGUAUUAGCAUUACUUUCUAUAGCAUUUUCAAGUUAUACUAAAUUACACUGCAGAAGAUAAUAAAAAUAUUUGCAACAUUCACAAACAAGUAACAGACUUAAAAAUCUAGAGUAACCUUCUGUCCUUCUGGAAGUGAUAGAUUUGAAAUGUCACUUAUAUCUGUAUAACUUCAGCUACACAGACCAGCUGCAGAAAUUCCACAUGUCCCACCUGUACUUGCAGAAUUCACCAUAUUUUCAGCAAUUUGAGCUCAUCUAAGCAUUGUCCUGGACAUAAUUCUUGACUGUAGGCUUCAUUUUGAAAAGAUCAAGCAUUUGGGCUUUCACAGCGAGUUUGACCCUCUCAAAAGGGUUAAAACAAACCUGAAAAUCAACUUGGUGAACUAAAGUAGAACACAGAGCAUGGAAAAAGCUUCUUUUGCCAGUUAUUUCUGAAUAAAAAAGGACUUUUGCUCAUUAAAAACAAUUUAUUUGCUUAUAAAAGGCUACUCUGUUAAGAAGUAUUGCUUCAGCUGUAGAAAACAUAGCAAUUUAUUGGAAUUCUGCUUUGGAAAACCUCCAAAAUGCCCAAUAAACAAAUAUGUAGAGGUUCUCAUGAACAUAAUUAGAAGCAACUGAAGUGCAUUUCAAAAUUCACAGUGAAUUUGCUCUUUUCAGGUUAAAACAGCUGAAGAAAUUACAGUAGAUGGGAGGGGAAAGAAAAAAGAAGCAGAUUUUCUAAGCCAUUUCAAUUUACUGUAACAAGCUUGUUUCCUACUGGUUUCCUAAUGGAUCUUUUAUGCAGGAUUAAAACAGCUUCGUUUUGCCUUUUCAUGUGCUGUUUAUGGUAUCCAGAAAUAGUUCUUAACAGACUGCUUAGGUCAUGCACAGCACUCCUAUCACACUUUCUUUGUACAGAAAACACUUUCCAGCACUCCAGAGAACUGAAAGGGUCACUGGUCUUCAUUCCAAACCAUUCCCUGUUGUGACCAUGGAUGUGCCCGAGGGUUCAACAAGUGCAGCAACAGCCUGGAGUUCAAAACAGCUACAGAGAUGCCUCAAACUUGCAGAUGUACCACCAGGGAGUCCAAAGCAACCACUGGCAAAUAUUUCCUCUGGGGAACUCAAUUAGUCUCCUCAAUUAUUAGGAGCCUAAUCAUUAGGAGGCACACAUGCUCUGGCUGGCAAUGAUCUAAAACUGUUAUUUUCCAAUAGAAAUAAACAGGGAAACACAGGAUGUUUUUAAAGGCACACAAUGUACCUCUUGUGGCCAAAACCAUCAAGCAAAUGAUGCUAUGAUUUUGUAGAAUAAAAUAAAUCUCCGAAGACAAGCCAUUAAAAAGCAUCUUCCCAUAAGUGAACAGUCUGAAGGGCAAGCUCUGAAUACCCAGUACAUUCCCACAUAGUCUAAAUCCAGAGGAGUGCUCAGGUGAUAUGUACUUAAAUCUGAAUAGAUUGCAAAAUCUCAAUAUAACUCAAACAGAACCUUAAAUCAUGGAACCUCCACAAAAUAAAAUCUCAGGUGAGUGUUUAGUGCCAGAAUAUGCCCAGAUAUUUUUUUUUAGUUUUACUCAUACAAUUUCACUAUAGAUUAGUAGAAAUAUUCUUUUCAGUGCCUUAAACC